AUGUCCGCCGAGCAGGUGAGCAGCCUGUGCGAGCAGCUGGUGAAGGCGGUGACGGUGAUCAUGGACCCGGCCUCCACCCAGCGCUACCGCCUGGAGGCGCUCAAGUUCUGUGAGGAGUUUAAGGAGAAGUGUCCCAUCUGCGUCCCAUGUGGGCUAAAGCUGGCGGAGAAAACGCAGACAGCCAUUGUCAGGCACUUUGGUCUUCAGAUCUUGGAGCACGUGGUCAAGUUCCGCUGGAACAACAUGCCUCGCCUUGAGAAAGUUUAUUUGAAGAACAAUGUCAUGGGGCUCAUCUCCAAUGGAACCCAGAAUAUUUUGGAGGAGGAAAGCCACAUUAAGGAUGUUCUGUCCCGCAUUGUGGUGGAAAUGAUCAAGCGUGAAUGGCCUCAGCAUUGGCCCGAUAUGCUGAAGGAGUUGGACACGCUCUCCAAACAAGGGGAGACACAGACAGAACUGGUGAUGUUCAUCCUCUUACGUCUGGCAGAGGAUGUGGUGACUUUCCAAACACUGCCUACCCAGCGGCGACGGGACAUCCAGCAAACCCUCACCCAGAACAUGGAGAAGAUCUUCAGCUUCCUGCUCACCACCCUACAGCAGAAUGUCAACAAAUACAGGCGCAUGGUUGGAGCACCCCAGGAACAAGACGCCCUCGCCAUUCCACAGAAGACUGACCUGACUCAGGAGCCAAAGGCCCAAGCAAACUGCCGUGUGGGGAUAGCAGCCCUCAACACUCUGGCAGGCUACAUAGAUUGGGUGGCAAUGAGCCACAUCACAGCAGAUAACUGCAAGCUCUUAGAGAUGUUGUGCCUGCUUCUGAAUGAGCCUGAGCUACAAAUCGGAGCAGCAGAGUGUCUCCUGAUUGCUGUCAGCAGGAAGGGAAAACUGGAGGAUCGGAAGCCCUUGAUGGUUUUGUUUGGAGAUGUUGCCAUGCACUACAUACUGUCUGCUGCUCAGACAGCAGAUGGAGAAGGCCUAGUAGAGAAACACUAUGUCUUCUUGAAGAGACUUUGCCAAGUUUUGUGUGCUUUGGGCAGCCAGCUGUGCGCAUUACUAGGCUCCGAUUCUGAUGUGGAAACGCCAGCAAAUUUUGGAAAAUAUCUUGAUUCGUUUUUAGCUUUCACAACCCAUCCCAGUCAGUUCCUGCGCUCCUCCACCCAGAUCACCUGGGGAGCCCUCUUCCGGCAUGAUGUCCUGUCUCAUGACCCUCUGCUCUUGGCUAUGAUCCCAAAGUAUCUGAGAGCAUCUAUGACUAACCUAGUAAAGGUGGGCUUUCCCUCCAAGACAGACAGCCCCAGUUGUGAAUACUCUCGCUUUGACUUUGACAGUGAUGAGGACUUCAAUGCCUUCUUCAACUCUUUCCGGGCACAGCAGGGAGAGGUGAUGAGGAUGGCAUGUCGUUUGGACCCAAAGACUGGCUUUCAGAUGGCUGGGGAAUGGCUGAAGUACCAGUUGUCAUCUCCUGUUGAUAUUGGAGCCAUGAACUCUAAGACAGGGGAAGGUCUCUGUUCCAUCUUCUCACCUUCCUUUGUGCAAUGGGAUGCUAUGACCUUCUUCUCAGAGAGUGUCAUCAGCCAGAUGUUUCGAACUCUGGAUAAGGAAGAAAUUCCAGUAAAUGAGGGCAUAGAGCUGCUGCAGCUUGUCCUGAACUUUGAAACAAAGGACCCCCUCAUUUUGUCCUGUGUGCUUACCAACGUCUCUGCACUUUUCCCCUUUGUCACCUACAGGCCAGAGUACCUGCCACAAGUCCUCUCCAAGCUCUUUGCCUCAGUGACCUUUGAAGUUAUAGAAGAAAGUAAGGCCCCAAGAACUCGUGCAGUAAAGAAUGUGAGAAGACACGCAUGCUCCUCGAUCAUCAAGAUGUGUCGGGACUACCCUCAGCUUGUCCUGCCAAAUUUUGAGAUGCUGUAUAACCACGUGAAGCAGCUGCUGUCCAACGAGCUGCUGCUAACGCAGAUGGAGAAGUGCGCCCUCAUGGAGGCCCUGGUCCUCAUCAGCAACCAGUUCAAGGAUUAUGAACGGCAGAAGGCCUUCCUGGAGGAGCUCAUGGCUCCUGUAGCCAGCCUGUGGCUCUCUGAAGAGAUGCAGAGAGUCCUGUCAGAUCCUGAAUCUUUCAUCUCAUACGUGGGUGCUGAUAACAAAAUCACUGAUCCAAUCUUGGAAGAUCCCAGUGGUCUGAACCGCUCCAGAAUAAGCUUUUGUGUGUACACCAUUCUGGGAGUUGUGAAGCGGGCUCGCUGGCCCACUGCCCUGGAAGAGGCUACGGCUGGAGGAUUUGUCGUCGGGUGCACACCCAGCGGUAGUCCGAUCUACCGUAACCCCUGCACUGAGCAAGUCCUGAAACUUAUGGACAACUUGCUUGCUCUCAUCAGGACUCACAACAAUCUCUACAUGCCGGAGGUGGUGGCAAAGCUGGGGGACACUUUUGCAAAGGCCUUAGACAUGCUGGAAGUGGAGAAGAACGCCAUCCUAGGUCUCCCUCAGCCUUUGCUGGAGCUUUAUGACUCUCCUGUUUACAAAACUGUUCUAGAAAGGAUGCAGGGCUUCUUCUGUACCCUGUAUGACAACUGUUUCCAUGUCUUGGGAAAUGCUGGCCCAUCCAUGCAGCAGGAUUUCUACACCGUUGAAGGCCUGGCCAACCAACUCCUCACCUCAGCCUUCAUCAACCUCAACAACAUUCCUGACUACAGGCUACGUCCCAUGCUUCGCGUGUUUGUGAAGCCCUUGGUGCUCUUCUGCCCCGCAGAGUACUACGAGACCCUUGUCUGCCCUAUCCUUGGACCACUCUUCACCUAUCUGCAUGUGAGGCUGUCCCAGAAAUGGCAGGUCAUCAACCAGCGAAGCAUGCUUUGUGAGGAGGACACAGCAGAUGACAACCCUGAGUCUCAGGAGAUGCUUGAGGAGCAGCUGGUCAGGCUGCUGACCCGGGAAGUCAUGGACCUUAUCACUGUUUGCUGCGUUUCAAAGAAAGGCGCUGAGCAUAACUCUUCUGCCACUGCAGAUGGAGAUGAUGAUGAGAUGAUGUCUACAGAUGUGACUCCACCUGCCAGCGCCGAGCUCACUGAGCUGGGAAAGUGUUUGAUGAAGCAAGAGGAUGUCUGCACUGCUUUGCUGAUCACUUCCUACACAUCCCUCUCCUGGAAAGAUACCCUGUCCUGCCAAAGAACCACCACGCAGCUUUGCUGGCCAUUGCUCAAACAGGUGCUUACUGGGAACCUGAUCCCUGAUGCAGUGACCUGGUUCUUCACAAGCGUGCUGAAAGGAUUACAGACACAUGGGCAGCACGAUGGUUGCAUGGCAGCUCUCGUCCACCUGGCCUUCCAGAUCUAUGAGGCUUUGCGCCCACGCUAUGCAGAGCUGAAGGCUGUGAUGGAGCAGAUUCCAGAAAUCCAGAGGGAGUCACUAGAGCAGUUUGACUCCAAGCUGCUCACUCCAACACUGCAAAAGGUGGCAGAUAAGCGCCGGAAGGACCAAUUCAAACGCCUAAUUGCAGGCUGCAUUGGGAAGCCGCUAGGGGAGCAGUUUCGUAAGGAAGUUCACAUCCGGAACCUCCCAUCUCUCUUCAAAAAGGUGAAGCCAUUGCUGGAGACAGACAUACUGGAGAAUGAGGAUGGAGGAGGUCUCACAGCACUGUUUGAGCCCUGAGCUGUGGGCACUUCAGUCACCCCCUCUCGCACUUCAUAUUUUGUCUCCUCAUAACAGUCACCGUAGAGCCCUCUCUGCCCACUCCUCCACAGGUGUUUGUUUGACUAAAACCCCUGCUUGGCCUGUCCCUUUCCCCUUCUUAAACGGUGGAGGGCCUAAGCUGGGAUUUGAUUUAGUCAAAUAAGCUUUCCCUGACCUUUUCCCCCAGCAGAUUUGCAGCUUUAGAUCUCAACUUCUUCACCAGACAAGAGCUGAGCACAUAGACUCUGUUAUAGUGCCUGGUCACUCUGCAGCCUUGGGUCAGCCUAACCCCACAUGCAAAUCCUAUGGGAUUUGGGUUUAUUGUGGGCCCCAGCUGGAGAUGGCACCCCCUAGCUUCACCUUGAGUGGAGGCUUCACUAGGGUCACAUGAGACACUCCUGUUAUGUCUGCCAUCAUGUCUCUAUUUGACCUUCUCUGUUCUUCAGAGGGUUUGUAUCCUGAUAAAUUUGUUUUUUUUCUUGGACCGUUUGAAAGACCCAAGCUGUGACUGCUUCCCUGGGCUGGGAGCUGCACAGGUGAGAGCAUGGUAGUGCCCUAAAAUCGUCCUUUAACUGGUGAUUCACCUUUUUAAGGCACUGCACCUCUCUGGAAGGAGACAGUAUUGCCAUCUCAUUCAGCUAAGAACCAAAUGGAAAGCUGGCUUUGGUUUUGUGCUGGUGUCUAUCAGGCGUCUCUCAGGAGGAUUGGGGCAGGAAUGUUUUGAGCAAAGCAGGAUAUGCAAAAUCUGGACCUAUCUGCCAUAAGCUUGUAACACCUUAAUGUGAGACGUGUCCCUACUGCUGCUGUUGGGAUAACGGGCCAUGUUGACUCAGGGAUGUGCAGCAUCUAGGAAUAUCCUCCCCUUGAAAACCUGACCUCCCUUAGCCAGCACUGAAGGCAAUGGAGGUUUAAAUACCCCUCCCACUUCAGCAGAAUAAGGGAAUGGGACUUGGGGUUUAGGACCCUUCUGUAUAUGGUGUGGUUGCUCUAGUGGCUAUUCUCCGUCAGAGGGUUGAGUGUCAUGGCAGGAGGUUGGGGUCAGUCAAGCAAAAUACCCAUGGGGAAGCCUGACCUGAAAGAGUUGCCUUUGGAGGAAGCAGGAGGCUGUAUUAAACCACUGCAGAGCUGGCUGUUCUUACAAAGCAAACAAUCCACUCAUUCUCUUCCAAGAGAAGGCAGUAGCACAGAAGCUGAGUAGACCCCUGUCUAAAACUAGGCCUGGUGGUUUGCCAUAUAGGAUGCAUGAACAUGGCUGCAAAGAAACAACUGAAGCUGCUGGGAAGUAUAUCAGCUGGACUGGGCAGAAGAGCUGACAAGAAGGAGGCUCCAGAGAACAGGCCUUGGAAAAGCAGUCUGUGGUCAUCAUGUGGCCUAAGUCCUGUUUUAUCCUUCUGCCUUUGCUGUUCCACAGUCCACUCCACUCUUUCUAGGCCUCAAUCUUUUACUAAAUUCCUGAGCUGAAGAGGCUCCUGGCUCCAGCAGCAGCUGGCUGUAUUUAUUGUGUUGUGAUUUUUAACAUUCUGUGACUUCAUGCUAGAAACAGAUUUUUUUUUAAUGGUUUUUAGAGCCUUUUUUGUAGGAACGUUCAACCUGAAGCCAUCUCUGAAUUGGCUGUGUUACACCUCUGAAUGUCAGUAAAGAUAUUUCAGUUCUA